GGUUUUAUGAUGUAGACGCGACCGGUCGCUGUGUUACACAAACCAACCGAUAACCAGAUCAACACACACAGAUAAAACAGCGCAAAGGUCCAAACUCUCUUUAUCUACACGUGUUUAUGUUUUGAUGAAACAGUCGUAAGAUUUCUCUACAUAGCCGUCUGUUCACUCCGCUGGCAGUAGAGGAGUGAUCGAGUCUGGCCGCAGUCAUGUCUGCUGAAGUGAUCAUCAAAGAUGUGUCUGCGGUGGCCAUCCGCGGCCCCGGCGAUGGCAUGGAGACGGACAAGCCCCCGGUGGCCCCUGAGCUCUCCACGGAGGCCCCGCCCCUGAAAAUGGGCACUCCGAAGAACAGUCCGAGAGCGGCGUUAACUGCACAGUCACCGGGAGUCCUGCACCUGGGCAAGGUGAGCAGAGACGCGUGUACGGAGGUGGAGGCCGUGAGGAUCGUGGUUCCGCGGGCCGCUAUCACUCGAAGCGCUCGUGUGGGGCUCCACAUCGAAGAUAGAGGAUCCCCUCAGCACGGGGACGAGCGUCCACCAUCACCUUCCGCAGAGCCGCUGGACUACAAGAGCGCACUGGACAAACUACAGAACUCAGAGCGACGACUGCUGCAGGACAAAGAAGGGCUGAGCAACCAGCUGAGGGUUCAAACAGAGGUGAAUCGUGAGCUGAAGAAGCUGCUGGUGGCGUCUGUAGGUGAUGAUCUUCAGUAUCACUUUGAGCGUCUUUCACGAGAGAAGAACCACCUGAUCCUGGAGAACGAGGCGUUGGGACGGAGCCUGUCGCACACGGCCGAGCAGCUGGAGCGCAUGAGCAUCCAAUGCGACGUCUGGAGGAGCAAGUUCCUCGCCAGCCGUGUGAUGGCAGAGGAACUGACCAACGCCAGAGCGGCUCUCCAGCGGCAGACCAGAGAUGCUCAGUGUGCCAUUCAGGAUCUGCUGCGAGAGAGAGACGAGUUCUCCAGAGACAUGAUGCACACGCACAGGUCUCUGGAGCAGCUGCUGGUGUCUCUGCAGUGGGGUCGGCAGCAGACGUACUAUCCCAGCGCUCAGCCGCUCAGCACCGGAGAACUGGCCGCAGCCAAUCACAAACUCGCAGACGCCAUCAACUCACACCUGCUGGGAAACGUGAGCGGCAGCAGCGUGAAGAAGAGCCCGAGAUCAGAGCACUCAGAGCUCUGCAACACACCGGCCGAGAAGAUGGCGGAGAAGGUGUUGCGGAGUCUAGACCCCAUCUCCUGCUCUGAGAAAGAGCCGGACCCGUCCGCAUCCGACGCGGUUCAUUCUCCGUUCCUGCCCAAUAAGAAGAGCAUCGGCCGCUUCCACCCGUACACGCGCUACGAGAACAUCACGUUCAACUGCUGCGAGCGCUGCAGCGGAGAGAUCGUCGUGCUCUAGAGCGCCACCGCUCCACAUCAACACGGCAGUAUUAGUGCUCACGAAAAUACCAAAGACAAACCACACAGACUCAGCAGCCGACAGACACUCGCAUCCACACAGAUGAUCUCAGAGUCUGUGGAUGAUGGAGACUCACACAUCUCACACUGGACAGAUUCAUUGAAUCCAGUAAGUCUGUGGUGGGUUAUUCAUCCUCAUGAUGUUUCACACCUGCGUGGUUAUAUUUAUUCACUCAAAUGAUGUUCGGCUAAUAAGAAAUCAGAGUAAUAAGAACUUAAAAUAAGAAAUUAAUAAAACAAAAUUGAUAUUUCUAAUAGGAAAUUAGAAUAAGAAAUUAAUAAAUUAAAAAUUAAAAAAAGAAAACAAUAAUCAGAUUAAUAAAUUGGAAUAAGACAUUUUUUAUUACAAACAGUGAUAGUGAAUCAACUCCAAAAAUAAAGAGCCGUGUGAACAUCCUGCUGAACAUCUCAUGUUUGAAGAAAUAGUCAUGUGUGUGAAACCGCAUGAAGACGAGUGAAUGAUGUAGAUUUUAAAGUGUUUUGUGAGAUUUUAAGACGUUCUGUAUGUAUUUAUGUCUUUUGAUCUGGAUUUGAGCUCAGUGUGUAGAUGUGUUUAUAUAAUGCAGUGAUGCUGUGACUGUAUUUCAUACUUCAUGAACAUUCUCUAGGAUCACAGUUAAAGUGUUUUUCUGAACCAGAGUGUAUAAAAUCUUUGUUUUUACAGCAUUUCAGUGAUAUUUUGUGUAUAUUGUCUCCCUGUCAAAUUGCUAAAAUAAAUCAUUUGGAAUGAAAA